GCCGUUAUUGACGACAGCGAAGAAGAGUGAGCGGAACCGGAAGUUCGCCGCCUGACAGAAGGACGGAGAGCAGCUGAGCCAACUGUGUGAGCUAGCCGAGGAAAGAUGCUGGCCAAUAUCUCCAACGUGCUGAGAGCCUGCGCUCCGAGAAAUGGAGCUGCAGCAGUGAUGUCAGCACGCACAUAUGCUGACUUCACAACGCAGGCUACCUUUGAAGUGAAGAAAUGUGAUCUCCACAAGCUGGACGAGGCCCCAGCGACUCAGGUGGUAAUGACUCGUGACGAGGGUCUGCAGUACUACCGCACCAUGCAGACGAUAAGGCGUAUGGAGCUGAAGGCAGAUCAGCUGUAUAAGCAGAAGAUCAUCAGAGGGUUUUGCCACCUCUAUGAUGGCCAGGAAGCUUGUGCAGUUGGUAUUGAAGCGUCGAUUAACUUGUCAGACCACUUGAUCACUGCGUACCGUGCCCACGGUUACACUUACACCAGAGGAGGGACCGUGAAGGAGAUCAUGGCUGAGCUCACUGGCAGAAGAGGGGGUAUUGCAAAGGGCAAAGGAGGCUCGAUGCACAUGUACGUUAAACAUUUCUACGGAGGAAAUGGAAUCGUUGGAGCUCAGGUUCCCCUUGGUGCUGGUGUGGCUCUUGCCUGCAAACAUCAGGGCAAAAACCAGUUAUGUGUCUGUCUCUAUGGUGAUGGUGCUGCCAACCAGGGUCAGAUCUUUGAGACCUACAACAUGGCAGCUCUUUGGAAGUUGCCCCUCAUCUUCAUCUGUGAGAACAACAGGUACGGUAUGGGAACCUCUGUGGAGCGAGCUGCCGCCAGCACAGACUACUUCAAGAGAGGAGAAUUCAUCCCUGGUCUGCGGGUGGAUGGGAUGGACGUUCUGUGUGUUCGGGAAGCAACCAGGUUUGCUGCUGAUCACUGCCGAUCUGGAAAGGGUCCCAUUCUCAUGGAGCUCCAGACAUACCGCUACCAUGGACACAGUAUGAGUGAUCCUGGUGUCAGCUACCGCACACGAGAGGAGAUCCAGGAGGUCCGCAGCAAGAGUGACCCCAUCUCCCUGCUGAAGGAUCGCAUGCUCAGCAACAACAUGGCCAGCGUGGAGGAGCUCAAGGAGAUCGAUAUCGAGGUGAGGAAGGAAAUUGAAGAUGCUGCUCAGUUUGCCACCACAGAUCCUGAACCUCCACUGGAAGAACUGUGCAACCACAUUUUCUUCAACAGUGCAGCGGUGGAGGUGCGCGGCACGAACCCGUGGUCCAAGCUGAAGUCUAUUAGUUAAAGUUCCACCUCGUCUCUUCACCGCCUCUUCCACUCUGUAAUAUAUUGACUCCCCCUAACCCCCCAGAUAUACGCACACAUCAUACAAUGUACCAUCUGGUGCCUCGGACCCACAUUCAUCAACGAGUAAUUACAUUUAAACAGCAGGGGCAAUAUUCACAAACAUGUUCAGAGAAUUAAACGGACAAAGAUUGUCACAGUGUUCUGACCAUCUCAUGAAACUCCCUCAUGUUUAUUUAUUUUUCAUACGAGCUUUCAUUUUAUGUUUAGUAAAUAAAAUCACCAUCCAUUGUUGGGUUAUUAAAAGUCAUGUUUGAAGUAUAUACAUUAAAUGUUACAAAAUCAUUUCAAAGGGAAGCUCUGGAAUUUCCUUGAACUUUGGGAUCUCAUAAUUAAGCACUUCAUAUUUUUAAAUUUCAGAGGGUUUUGUAAAUCUGGCCCCAACUCAAUACACUAACUGUAGCAUAUUCUAAAUUUCCUUGUUUGAUGUUUAAUUUGGUCAAUUUUUGAGGUGUAAUUUAACAAAUGUUCAUCCAUCACUGUUCAUCUCAAAAAUAGUCUAUGAGCUGUAAAAAUGGAGUGUACAUUAUAAAUAAUUCAGUUUGAGUUAAGCUGUUCUUGUUACAAAGAGACCAUACAUGUAAAUGGGAGCUUGGUAAAGAUUGUUAUUACUAUCAACAUUCUUCUUUUGUCUCCAAAUGUUUUCUUUCUAUAUAAUAUAUAUAUAUAUAAGAAAGGGUAAAGAAUACCAAGGGGAAGGUUGGAAAUAAUUGAUCUUGCCAAAUCAAAUGCGUGCCUGAGAGGUGUCCUGUAGAUUAGAGGAUGAACGCAUGGUCUCGUGUGUGUGUCGCACUCCAAGCUGAGCGGGAGAUUCUGUGCAGCUCAAAGUCAGCUGAAGAGGGUUGUUCACAGUGUGCGUUGACAUUCAUGUGGUUAUGUUGCAGGUGCUCGGGUGCCUUUUUGGGGGUUUUCAUGACACAGAUAUCAACAGGCUUUUAAUUCAAGAACUUAUUCCAUUACUAAUAUGCACAUAUAUGUUUUGGUGUCAACCAUUGAUGAAUGUAAACAUUGUGACUUCUCGUCUGAACACUUCAGCUCAGCUUCACUACUCCCAAGCAGAGAUACUGGUGCAUCUUUAGCGUUGUGUGCCACUUGUACGUUUCCCCUCAGAAGGUGUCUUGUGAUAUUUCCACACAUCAGCGGUGGCCCACUAUUGGCUCAUUCAUGUGCAGGAAUAUAUGGACAUGAUUUUGAAUUUCAGUCAGUUUUUUUUUCCUCAUGUUCUUAGACACAUUAUUGCGACAAAACUGACACUCCAUUUAAAGUGUGGCAGCAAGGAAGGGUCUGUUGUCUGCAAUAUGAUAAGUAGCUUACAAAAAAAGAUUGACUUAAACUUAAAAUGUCCAUACCUGUAUUAAUUGAAAAUGCCCACAGUGUGAUAUGAUUUGCUGUAAACUGUUACAUUGAGGGUGGCGGAGGGCACAAGGAAACGCUCCCUGGAAACAUUGGUUUUAUGUGAGCCAAUAAUAAAAAGACUCAAACUGUU